CAAUUGUCCAUUAUCGUUGUAUUGAUGUGCUGUUCUUCACUUGUGUCUAUAGACUCCGGGCAAUGAUACACUUUUCUUCAUUCCUUUCAGCGAUUCGUACGAGACAGACCGACUUUUCUCAGCUGUGUAAGUACAAGUCAAUUUCAAAGUAUAAGGAAUUGCUGUAGAUAAGCGAAGAAGAUGCUGAAAUUAAUACUGCUUGCCGUGGCAACCCAGCUUUGUUUGGCAGCUCCAGAAGGAAAAUCAGGCAUACCAUGUCCCCUUAUUAUGUGUCCGGAAUGCCCAGAAGGUUUUCGGACAGAAAGACCGUGGACAGAAGAUGUUGACUGCUCUCAGAUAAGCUGUAAAUGCAUACCAACUGGCCAAUCAUCCCCGAAGAAGCCCUGUCCGAUGAUACAUUGCCCUGGAGGAAGAUUUGGUGCAUGUAGAAAUGUUGAUGGAUGUGACUUUUGCGAGUGCUUGCCAAUUUGCCCCCCAAUUCCCCCAGUAUGCCCUAAAGAAUGCAAGAAAGGUAAGAGAAGAGGGUGUCCGUUUUGUCAUUGUACCGUCAAACCUCCAGUCUGUCCUUUGGCUAUGUGUGCCAUGUACUGUGAACAUGGCUUUGAGAGAGACGAUAAAGGCUGUAAUAUUUGCAAAUGCAGAAAAUGUCCACUUGGCAUGUGCCGAAUGUAUUGCAAGAAUGGGUUUCAAAAGAAUGAAUUCGGAUGUGAAAUCUGCGAAUGUAAACCAGAUCCAAAACCACUCUGUCCCCCAGUGAUGUGCAAAAUGCACUGCAAACACGGCUUUUUGAGCGAUAAAGACGGGUGCCCAGUUUGCAAAUGCAGACAAUGUCCUCCUCAGAUGUGCAGACAAUAUUGCAGGUUCGGAUUUCAGCGUGGCAAGGAUGGAUGCCCCCUGUGCAAAUGCAGAAGAAUGCCAACAGAAAUCCGCCCGAUGAAGGUUGGCAUGCCUGGUACCCAGGGCUGAUCUCCAAGGCUGGACUAAACAAGCUGAUUUUCUAUUGUUUUUAUAUAGUUUUUCCUUUUGAUUAUGUAUCUUGUUCUUGUUAAAUAACUUUUAACUCUAUAUGUUUAUUGAGUGUAUUAGUAUUAAGAUUUGACUCUUGUUCUUUUCCUCAAAUACCCCAAUAUGCUUCGAAGAUAAGAUAUAAGAGAUAACUGCUGAAAUGAAGAA